AUGUCAAUCAAUUCAAUGAAAUGCAACAAAAACAUCAUUAAAGAGAUCAAAUUGUUUCACGUAUUUGACGACAUACUCGGGUAUAACGUGUUGUUCGCAACCAAUUAUGACUUGCUGUACGGCUUGGGUGCCAACCACUGGGGGUGUCUCGGGUUGGGUCACAACCAGCCCUUUGACACACCCGUAAUAAUACCGGAAUUGUGUCACAAAAACAUUCAACAAUUUUUCAUCGGCGGUGACUUCGCUCUGGCCAUCACUGAACACCAGGGCGUGUAUGGCUGGGGCUGUAAUAAUAGCGGACAAGUAGCCAACAGUGACCACAUGGAGGGCUAUCUUAAGCCCCGACCCAUACCUGAGUUAAACGGACUGAAUAUAACGCACAUCAGUUGCGGUUCGUAUCACUCGCUGGCGCUCACCGGCGAGGGCUGUGUCUACGGCUGGGGUUACGACCGAUACGGACAGGUCGGGUGCGGCGGCGGUGAGUCCAGUUGCCGGUCGCCCCACUCGGCAGUACCGGUGCCUAAGAAAUUGCAUUUUAAACACAAUAAUAAUGAAUACAAAAUUAAAUCGGUUUACUGUUUGAGUUACUCGUCGUUUGCCAUCGCAUACACCGGCCAUGUGUUCAGUUGGGGUCGAAAUUAUUUCCACAAUUUGGGACAUCCGGUGGCGGGAAAUGUUGGGAAACCCCUAAUGAUUGCCAGUCUGUCGGGUGUGGAGACCGUGUGCUCCACAGGACUCAUAACAUACUUUCUAUCAAAUGAAGGCUCAUUUGGCACAGUAUACAAAGUGAGGCGAAAAUUGGAUGGCCAAAAAUAUGCCGUCAAAACAUUUGAUCUACAAGCUCAAGCUGAUUUCUGUGACCAAUCCCAACUAUUCAAGGAGCUAAACAACCUUAUUAAAAUACGCUCUGACUAUGUUGUACACUAUUUAAACUCGUGGUUCGAAAGCGACAAAUACUACCUACAGAUGGAGUUAUGCGCCGAUAGUCUCCGCAAUAUAUUAGCGGCCAAACGGCGGGCGUUUGGCCGCCAAACGGCCGCUCAGGCAAUGAAUUCCGUCGAGUUUUUCAUUUCGUGCCAAUUAUUCAAAGAACUCGUGGAAUGCGUACAGUAUUUGCAUUCAUCGAAACCGGCGGUCAUUCACCGCAAUCUCAAACCCGAUAACGUGUUGAUCGCCCGAACCGUUCGCAACGGCCGGUACUUAAAGCUUAGCGACUUUGGGUUGGCUUCGCUGCUCGACACCAGUAUAGCGGCCGCCAAUCGGGACGCCCUGUAUAUCGCGCCGGAAGUAAUUGAAGGCCAGAAGUAUGACCAUAAGUCCGAUCUGUACAGUGUGUCCAAAAUUGGUGAACAGAUUUUUGAUUUUGACUUAGAUGAGUGUUUGUAUCAGUCAAAUAAUCGCGCGAUCAAUACAUGUGUGACUAAAUUACAAGAAAUACUGUUGAGGUUGGGAUCGGAUGACCCGCUCGACCGGCCCGACUGCGGCCGAGUGCUGGACAGACAGUGCGAGUGGUCUAUAGACGAAUGUUUAGCGUUGCCGACAAUCAAUACGUUUGACGAUUUGGUGAAGAAUUUGCAAAUAAUGUUUGAGAGCGACUCCAUUGAUGUCCAUUACGUCCAGAAUCUGUUGCAGAACUAUAAGAGUAAUCCAAUUGAAUGGAAAAAAUACGCACAUUUCGACACAAAU